UAUAAUUGUUUUGCAUAAUGAACGCCAGGAAAAAUUAAUAUCAAUAUUUUUUAAUACAUCAGAAGACUUAACGUGUCAUAAAAAGGAAAGAAUAGUAGGUGAUAAAAGAUAACUUGUAACUUAUUAUAGAGAAAUGAAUAAAAGUUAUGCAGAAGUUGCACAAUUAUUAGUAUUAAUUGCAGCAGAUAUUAGAAGACAUAAAAACCAAGACUGCAUUGAAUUUAAGGAACAAAGAAGAUAACCUCUUUUUUGUCAAAAGUCUAUUGUAUAAUUAAAUGUUAUUGUUUAGAAAGAAUUGUGAAUAUAUUUUCAAGGAAAGUAUUGGAAGAAUCUUUAUAUGGAUUAUAAAGAAUCAGCAUUGGGUGCUGCUAAAGAUUGUAAAGAACAUCCUAUUAGAACAUCUAUUUAUUUUUCUCUUUUAGGAUCCUGUGUAUAUCUGCACAGGCAUAAUCCAGAUGAGUGUUCCUUCAAAGAACAUUUAUUACAAAAUACCAUGAAAAUAAUGCAAGUGGGAGAAGCUAUACGUAAUCCAAUCUCUGAACAAUAUGUACAAUGGUUAGGCCAAUGUUACAAUGAAGGAAUUGUGCGACGGAUGAAUUUAGGUGUAGUUAGUUUAAUCUGGUUAGAUGACUAUGACAAAAUGUGUUCUUUGUACAAAGCUGCUUGUCCUUACUUAAAAACACGAUAUCUAACCUUUUAUCAAAGAGUGGUAGAUAUUGGAUUUUUAGAUAAAUGGUGGAUCUUAGAGAAUAAAAUGGAAGAUUAUGAUGUAAAUGAAGCACAAUUUAGUGAUGUAAAAUAUAAAUAAACAUAGAAAUGAAAAAAAGUUAUUUAUUUUACAAAAAAUUAAAAAUACGAAUUUACAAUAACAAACAAUCCAACAGCACAACAAUAUACCAUCUCACUCAUUAUUUGUUUCGGCAUUUAAUAACAUAAAUUUAAGUAAUUUAUUUUUAUCUUGCUUUCUUAGAAGCCCAGAACCAGAAAAGAAUUCUAUAUAUUAAUGAUUAAUACACAAAUUGAAAAACACAAUCCUUUAUUAAAAAUAUUUAUAAAUACUAAAAUUUGAUAUCAAAAUAUAAAACAUCUUUUAUCAUAUUGUACAUAAUUAUUAGUGCAAACUUAUUUAACUUGCGUCCUUUGACUACAUUAUUUUCAAAUAUAAAUAUGCAUAUUUCAAUAUAUAUGUAUAUGUGUCAAUAUAUAUGUAAACCUUUAUUUAAUAAAAUUAUUCCUUUAAAAAAUUG